CGCUCCAGCGCCAACAGCGGCCAUUCAGACGCAGCCGAUCCACUCAUGAGAUCAUGGGAUUUUCCCCCAAGGUUCUCACGGCGCUCCUUCUCCGCCUUUUCCCUUCCUUCAGUCCCUCUUAUCUUCCUCGCUUCUCCCCCGGUCCUCUCGCUCUCUCUCCACACCUCUUAUCCCUUCGCCCAUCAUGGCCGCCAGUAACGAUCUCCGCGGUUGGGUCAUGAGCGCCGUCUCCGGCGUGGCUUGCGUUCUAGGCUCCUCCGUCAUAUGUAUCGAUGUAAUUCUCCGCCAUUUCUCUCACCGCAAGAACUUCCAGAUUGUCAAUCACAAUGGCUUCUUGUCGGCUUCGCUCGGUCUCAGUGCAGGCGUCAUGCUUUUUACCUCUCUGUAUAGCAUGCUUCCGACCUCCCUCAAGUACCUGACCCGUGCCGGAUUAGCGCCCUCGCCCGCAGCAUACACCUUGAUUGGACUUUUCCUCGGCGGUGUCAUUGUUAUCCGAUUGCUUUCCGCGUUUCUUCAUCAUUAUAUUCCCUCCCACGUGGUGGAUUGUGCCCACUCCCACGAGCCACACCCCGCUUCCGAUCUCGAGCAUGGCCACCAUGACCAUCACGAUCACUCACACCCUCCCGAGACGACUGAAGCGUCAACGGAACGUACUCCCCUGUUGACUCGGUCGCACAAAUCUACGCCGGCCGGUGUCCCACUAGCUCACCCUCAGGAUGCCGAGCGAGCCGUCUUCCGCGAAUCUUGGCGCGGCCAACUGGUCCGGCGCGUAAGUCGCCUGAUGGGUGGUGUCAAGGCACAAUGCGACGAGAAUGGCCCGUGUUAUGGAAUUUCGCAGGCCUGUGGCCUUGAAUGUUCGAAAACCCUGGUUGGUCCGGGCGAAGAUGGCCUCCGCCCCGCCAUCCCGCGCUCCGUCUCCGUUCCCGUGCAGCACGAUGCAGAUCGAUUGGUUUUUCCAGCCACCGAUCUGUCAGUCCCACAGCAGAUACCGAAGCAGAAGGUCAGCGUGCCUUCGUCUUCUUCCUCGCAUACCGGGCUGCCGGAGGAUUCUGCUGGUGAUGCAGACGCAGAGGACGCCGUCAAGUCGCAGGCUGCCGGGAGCAGCCAGCACCAUCACCACGUGCCCCAGAAUGCAUUCUUGGCCAUUGGUCUCCAAACGUCGGUGGCCAUUGCCUUGCAUAAAUUGCCCGAGGGCUUCAUCACUUAUGCCACCAACCAUGCCAGUCCCACUCUGGGGCUGACGGUCUUUCUCGCCCUCUUCAUCCACAACAUUAGCGAAGGAUUUGCAAUGGCCUUGCCUCUCUACCUUGCUCUUCAUUCGCGGGCGAAGGCCAUGUUUUGGUCGAGUCUUCUCGGCGGCAUCAGUCAGCCGGCCGGCGCCGCUCUAGCAGCCCUCUGGAUCUGGGGUGCUAGUCAUACCGGGGAGCCCGGGGAAGACGGCUCUGGUCCCUCCUGGGGAGUGUACGGAGGCAUGUUUGCCGCGACAGCCGGCGUCAUGACCUCGGUGGCCUUGCAAUUAUUCAGCGAAGGUCUCGCACUAACCCACCGUCGGGGAAUGUGCAUAGGAUUUGCCAUAGGUGGAAUGGGUCUCAUGGGCCUCAGUUUCGCCCUUACCGCAUAGAUUAUUACCACAUGGGCUUUCACGGCGUUAUUGGGAUAUGUCUCUCUUUUCAUUCACUUCGGCGCGGUUGGAUAGCUCGCAGGCCGACAUAGAAUCCGACAAAACGGUAGCAUCCAGAGGAGUUUAUUACUACAUUUUUCCAACGAGUCACGACUGUUUUCGGGAAAAUGCCGCAUUACAUGUGAACACAUCACACUGAUAUCUCACUGUCAAUAGAGAUGGCCAUGGUACAUUGUUCCGGCAGCUAACACCAUGUUUUAGACUAGUCUAUAUACACUACUAAAUUUGAGAAAUCGGUU